GCAAUCCGACAGAACAUAAAAGGACGCUCCUCGCUCUGGAUUUCGAGUCCUUCUGACUACAGGGCAGCCUCAGCAGUUUUCAACUUGGCCAAUAUCGAUCAUUUGCCCAUUAUGCACUUUUUUAGCCUUCUCUCGCUCGCCGCGGUAGCAACUGCCAGAGUGUUUUCCGAGUAUGAUGCCGCCGCCAAGGAUCAACGCUCCAACCUCACGGCGUUCGACACGACAAAUUACGAUUGCACGGACAAUGACGUACCCUGUACCACAACCGAGCCCAACUUUAAUCCCAUCAACGGCUCUGCCUCUCUGUACUUCAGAGUACGUAGUAUCGCUUGAACGGUCGAUGCGCACUUUUGACAUGCUCCUACAGGCCGGCUUUGAUGACAAAAACAUUCCCGCUGCACAAGUGCACAAGGCCGUUGGAUAUCACCGUGCAGAACACCACAUUUACCAUGGAAAAACAGAAGUGAACAAAACUUACUACAUGGGCUACAAAGUUCGAUGGGACAAGGUGGGCGCAGGUAACGGUUUGUUUGUGUUUCAAUUCAAGGCAUACCAUAAGCCCUAUGCUCAGGGCAAUGAGAAUAACGUCACCGGUUACGCAAACGUCCCUAUUGUACUCUCCUUCAAGAACAACACCAACUUGUUGACUCUACAAGUCAUCCAGAAGCCCAGCGCCGACCCUGACCCGGCGGUCCGGGCCAAAUUUCAGGGCAAACCUGUCUGGUCCAAAGAAAUAACCUUCGGCUCGACCUACCAGUUCGGCAUCGUCAUCAAUACCUCUCAGGGCAACGAAGGCUUCCUGCAGAUGUACUUCAACGGCACGCUCGUCACCAUGACCGAUCCGUUCAGUAGCCCCGUGGCAGGUGGUAAAACCCAGAAACUCAUGGGAAAUUUCUUCCCCGGAGGCGAGACGGGCGCGGCCGAUCCGAAAAUUGGCAUGUAUGGGGGUAACGACGGGGUCUGCGAUGGCUACAUCUACAAUUUUGUUCUGGCGGAUACGCUUGCUGAAAUCAAGCGUGUCGCUGGCAUUGCCUAGUUUUGAUCCGCAGGCAAAAAAGGUUGGCGAGAAACCAACAUGGAUGCACAUCGGGAUGCCGACAUGGGUUCAGGGUUUACCUUUGCCGAAGUGUUCAACA